CUAUGAAAUAUUAAGAAAUGUGAGUACUUUGGAUUCCCAAAGUACAUCAACAGAUGUUACUAUCCUCCGCUAUAUAUGUGCCACGUCACUCUGCAAAAAUCUUUUGCACCUGAACGCCACCGUAUUUGUCCUCUCUCUCUGUUUCUCCGCUUUAUCUUUCUUCCGCCCUAUAUUGACCAUCGAAUCUGCCUUCAUCUUUCUAGUUUGUUUCAUCGGCAAUCGGCAAAGUGAAACUGAGACUAACCAUAGCUACGUCGUUUUUGAAGUCAUGGGACAGGUCCUAGACAAAUUUCACGGGAAGGAGUGGAGAAAGAAACAGAUUAUGAAAAUAAGUGAUAAGGUUUUUGAGCAUAUCAAAAAUCAAUCAGGAAGAGCUACAUUAACAUUCGAAGAUCUAUAUAUUGCUGUCCUGCUGGUGUAUAAUGAUAUUAAUAAGCGUUUGCCUGGGCCGCACUUUGACCCACCCUCUAAAGAGGAAGUCAGAUCACUGAUGCAGGAGUGUGACCUCAACCUUGAUGGAGAAAUCGACAAUGAAGAAUUUUUGAAAUUCAUUCAGAAGCUUACGACUGACACAUUCAUUGUUGUUAGUCAGGGACUGAUUGUCACUUUGGUUGUAGCUCCAACUGUUGCUUUGGCAACAAAGAAGGCUACUGAGGGCGUUCCCGGUGUUGGGAAAGUGGUGCAAAAGUUACCCAAUUCGAUUUAUGCAUCCCUUGUGACCCUUGCUAUUGUUUGGUUUCAAACUUCGGGCGAAGAGAUUUAGCAGAGCAUUCUAUCUUUUCUGUCAAAUUAUCCUCUACUAUAAAUGAAAUAGACUAUUGCUCAGUUUGUAUAGAACGCUGUCUUGCAAGUUGGCUUAAUAAUCAGGGGUGAAACAUCUCAGAAACUUCAUUGUAGAA